ACGUAUAGUGAUGACGCGAUAAAUACUCAAGCGAUAUCGUUCGAGCUAGACAGUCUAUUGUGAAAUUUCGCAAUCAUAACAAAGAAUUAUUGCAGCAAGACGUAAUGAAAAUAUCGAAAUAAUCAUGGAAAAAAUUAAAAAAUUUAAUUUGGAAUUGGCUUUGUUUGUAAAAGAGCUAAAGUCGUACAUCAACGAUGUUAGUGUGGUUAACGAUGAAACUACACAUUUCUUGAUGGAAACAAUUAUCGCUGUAGAUAAGUUGCAAGCAACUUCGAGACACUGUGAAAAAUCUGCUUCAAAUGAAAAUCGAUUUGUUCAAGAUUUGAAUGAAGACAUUUUUGAAUGUCGUCGGCAUAUUGUAUGCCGUGUGUGUCAUGAACACAUUCCACUCAGUGCAGAGGAUUUUGAAAUCCACAUACAAAAGAAAGGUCACAAGGAAAAGGAGGCCAAACAGAGUUCAUUGGUUCCCGAGAUACGAGAACGUAGUACGAGUUCCGAAUUGAAUCCAUCGAGUUCAGAAUUGAAUCCGUCGAGUUCAGUAAGUUCGGUGAACAGCAUAGAUGUUAACGCUGCAGCUACUGUAAAUGGUGAAGUUACUAAAUCUAACACUUCAGUUCUAUCCGUAAAAUUGGAAAACAUUGUCAAAACAGAUGCAAUGUCGGAGAAAAUUGUAAAUGAAAUACUUGAAUUGACAUCUCGGAAUGAAGUUAGAUUGCAAAAUGAAACCAAAAUUAUUGAUUCACUUACACAUUAUUUGGGGGCGUUUGAUUCUACAUUGAAGUUUAUUCCAUUCGGAUCAUCCACAUUUGGAUUUGGGGGAUCGAAAACCAACUUUAACAUUCUCGUGAAUGCAAGUGGAUUUGAAAAGAGUCCCGCGAUUGCUUUACAUGAAUUUGAAAAGAUGAUGAAAACAUGCAGCGCACAAAAUGAUUUUGAAAUAUUGGAGAACAUUAGCGGCAACCGUGUACAAAGGAAACGCCUACAAUUUCUUCAUAAACAAUCUCGCAUACUUUGUUGGCUGCAAUUUUCGUCAAAUUUUGAAUUAGCCAAAUCAAAUCAAGUGAUUCGGGAUUACAUCCGUCGUGAUCCAGCUUGCUACUACUUGAUUGCAUACAUCAGAUCUUGGCAAAAUAUCUUGAAUGACAUCGCCGCAAAGGAAAACACCACCGCCUUUCACUUUAAUACGUACAUAAUUAGUGUUUUGGUGAUAUUUUUUUUGCAAAUGAAUAACCAAUUUCCAAAAGUUAAAGAGCUUCCCACAUUAGAAUCCAAAUGCAUCGUUGUUGUACCGAAGCCUGACCAAGGUCGAUUAAAACAAGUUGUGUUCGGAUUUUUUGAAUUUUAUGCAAAACGAUAUGAGAUUAAAAAUCAUUUAAUUAGCAUAAAUAUUGGUCGAUGGCAAGAGAGGCACUUGCAAUCUCAUCAAAUAAAUUUUACGUCCGAACAAAAAAGCUUAAGAGAUGCCAUGGAAUCUAAUGGUGCCAAUUGGAAGGAUUGCACAAUGUAUGUGCAAGACAUUGAUUCGCAAGGAAUGAAUAUUACUGCUGAAAUAUCCAACAAAGAAGCACACAAUUUCAAGAAAAUGUGUCAGAUGUUUUUCACAGACCAUUCACAAAAGAAAUUCAUUGACGAAUACGUAUCAAAAGUAUCGACACUUCAAAAGUCAUCUGACAAAGCAUUAACUGCUAAUAAAAUAGAUGUGUCACCAUUAAUUUCGAUGAAUACCCUUAAAACUGCCAUCAAAAGUGUUGCUGAAAAUCUAGCAACAGGUGGCAAUAUAAAUCCAUUUUCAUCGAAGAAAUCCGAAAAAUUGCCAAGAGCUGUUAGUAAGGAGCAAAUAAAUCUCAUCGAAGGACUGGAAAAACGAAUCGAUUUUUCAAAAACGUACGAAACUAUCAUUCGAAUCCUAGACAAGGCAGGAAAAUUAACGGUAGAAAAAUAUCUACGUAUUAAUAGAAGGAAAUAUUUUGAAUUGGAUAUAAUCAGCACUUUGGAUCAUUAUCUGAAGCUAUUCAAUCCCACUUUUGAGCCAAUUCAUUUUGGUUCAAGUAAAUAUGGAUUAAAAGAUUUUGAAUCAAAUCUCCAUUUGUUUGUAUUCAUUGACGAUGCAGCUCCAGCAGAAAUAAUUCGGAAAUUUGAAGACUAUUUGGGAAAAUCAAAUAUUCAAAAUCACUUCAAAGAAAUAUCCAAAAUUAAUGGAUAUCGUGUGCUAAAGCCACAAAUUAGCAUGAUUCAUAUAGACUCUGGAAUUCGAUGUUUUUUGCUAUUCGACAAUGAUAAGACAAUUCCCGAUUCAUCGGAAAUUAUUCAGCGAUUCAUAGAAAAAUUGCCGCUUUGUGAGUCACUCAUCAGAUUCAUCCGGGCAUGGCAGAUGGUUUUGAAAGACAUGUACCCAAACAGUGAUAUAAUACAAUUCCAAUUCAAUACCUACAUAAUAUCAAUUCUUGUGAUAUUCUUCUUCCAAAUGAAUUUCAAUGCGCCUAGUAUUGAAAAUAUAUGGUCGCAUCCACCUCUUGCACCACCAUCAAAUGGUGGAGAUAUCAAAGCAAUUGCUUGCAAGUUUUUCGCCUUCUACGGCAAUAACUACCAGAUAUGGAACCAUGUAAUUAGUACUCAAAUCGGUCGAUGGCAAGAAAGGCGAUUGCAGCCAGAGCAGAAAAACUUCACUCAACUUCAAAAACGAUUGCGCGACGGAAUUGAAUCUAACCCAGCCAGUUGGACGAAUUGUACUAUGUACAUCCAAGAUUUGGUACGAAGUGAUGUGAACAUUGCGGCUGAAAUACCAAAAAAAGCAGCUGAAAAUUUUCAACAAUUAUGCCAAAUAUUCGCGAAAUACUUUUCACGUAUUUAUCGGAAAUGAUUGGUUCUUUAUCACCUCGUUUUUAAGACAUAAAACUAUAAUCGUUGGAUAAAAUUUGCAAUAAAAAAUCAUUUUAUAUUAAA